CUUCAAUUUUGGAAAUUAUGAUAUAUGUCCAAAUCCUUCUUGGAUCGAUGUGGUUCACGAAUAGUACUGAUAACUGUUGAGAAUGGUAAUGAAGACUGCAAGAUGAGGCAUUGAUGUGGCACUGGGAUGCUAAUCAAUACUUGGAUUUGUUGUGAAGUUAAUAAUAAAGGAUGAGGAUUGGGUGAGUUGAUUCAGCAAAUCCUUAGGAUUUGUCAGUGCUCAUCGUAUGGGGCCUACGUUGAGAGGUACUUGUUUGCUUUCAUAAGUCUAAGUCUCCUAAGGUAGGGCUUUCAUGUAUGGCAGAACCUUAAUAAUUGAGAUGUAAUCAACAAUGUUGGGCUAGUGGGUGGGAUGGUCCUACAUUGUAAAUAGCUUAUUGGUUCUUUAUAGUUUUAUAAUGCAGCAACUCGUUGCUCUUAUAAUAUUGAUUUUGACUUGUUCACUAAUUCUAAACCAAUGCAGUAUCUUUAUUAUGUUUCAUUCUGUUCCUGUGCAUGAUUCUAGUUGCUAAGCAUGAGAUAACUCUAUAGACCAUAUUGUCAGGAGGCUUGUGCAUAUGAUAAUGUUAACUUAGUCAACUUACAACAUGAGGGCUACAGCUAACACAGGAGAAUUGGAGUACUUAGUCUACCUUAUCACAGUCUCCUAAUUGAGCUGAGCUUAUAUCUAUAGCUUGUUAUUGAAUUGGAUUGGUAAAGUAAAAAAAAUCAGCCAUGUCAAACAUGGUCAAUGGUGACAGUACUGUUGACAGAAUCAGCCAUUUGCCACGAAAUAUUAUUGAAGAAAUACUCUUGCACUUACCAUUGAAAGAUGCAAUCCGGACAAGCAUCUUAUCGCGUGAUUGGAGAUACGCAUGGAGUAGUAUUCCACACCUUGCUUUCAGCCGGCAAGAAUUCCCUCUAUCUAAAUGCAGCAAUUCACAAGUUGUUUUUGACCGUAAGCUUGUAGACAUUAUUCAUCAAGUUCUCCUAUUCCACCAAGGACCAAUUCACAUGUUUAAACUUUCCAUUGACUUGAAAAGCUCCAAAUGUAUAGAUGGGUGGCUUCUUUUUCUUUCAAGAAAUGAUAUUAAAGAAAUAGUUCUACAUAGAUGGGAAGGAGAGGUGUAUAAGUUGCCUUCAUGUCUUUCCGCAUGUAAAAGGCUUGAGCAUCUAUGUCUGUUUAGGUGCAUGUUCAGACCUGUUCAUUUCCAAGGCUUUCCACAUCUUAGAUCUCUGAGUCUUAACAAUGUUGCCAUUUCACAGAAUGAGCUUGAGACUUUAAUCACUAAUUGCCCUCUUCUAAAUAUUCUAUACCUGAUAGACAUAUUUGGUCUUAGUGGUCUUAAGGUUUGUUCCCCAAGUCUGGUUGUUUUCUCAUUUUUUGGACAACACAUAGAUUUUUCUUUUGAAAAUGUUCCAUUAUUAUCUACAUUGUAUGUCUCCUUCGUUGGGAAGAAUGACAAGUAUUAUGCAUCCCCUGGAGUAAUUUGUAAAUUAUUUAGAAACCUUUACCAUCUUUCCAGUAUUAAGAAGAUCGUACUGUAUAAUCAGGCAUUCAAGGUCUGGGCAUACGGUCAGUUACCCAUUCAGCUUCCUUUCACAUAUCAGCUAAAGCGUUUUCAUGCAUGUGUAAACUUGAAGGACAUAAAAGAAAUACAAGCCAUAGUUUUCCUGUGCAGAAGCUGCCCUUUAUUAGUCACUCUUGAGUUAAAGGCAUAUAUCGGCAACAAUUUAGAUGAUGGAACACCCGCUGAGAAAUUUUUGGAUGCACAGCAAAGUUUUGGUAGCCAAUUUAGCCACCUCAGAAGUGUGGAAAUUACUUACGUUAGCUGCAUAUCUGAACUGCCAUUUAUAAAAUUUGUUCUUGCCAAUGCACCAGCUCUCGAAACUGCUUACAUUGGAUUCAACUGCGGAACGCCUAUUGAGCUCAAUAUCUUAAAGGAGAUGUUCAAAUUCAGGAGAUUAUCUCCUGCAGUUGAAAUAAAAAUUUUGAAUAGGAGUUUUUUCUGAUCUUGAU